AUGGCGGCAACCCACCAGGACGAAAAGUCUGACCCGGCUCGGCAGACUGCGCACCUUGAAGAAAGCAGUGCUGAGAAUGUUCCCCAGGAGAACGGCAAUGAUUUCGCGGAUGAUCCGAAGCAUGAAGCUCAAGAGUCGGGCGUUUCGUAUACAAAGGAAGAGGAAGGCGAGGCUCUGAAUCUUGGUGUAUUGUAUCUUGUGUUAUACAUUGAUCGAGCCAAUGUAGGCAAUGCCUAUACAGCCGGUAUGGGUAAAGAAUGGGGGAUCACUUCAGACGAUUACUCUUGGAUUGUCACCAUUCUCUAUAUUGGGUAUAUCCUAUUCCACUGGUUGAUUUUUGUCUGGACCUUUGUCCCCUUACCCCUCUGGACCGCCAUGAUGGCCCUCGAAUGGGGUUCAAUGAGCAUGCUCCAGGCAGUGACGACGAAUUUCGCCGGGAUAAUGGCACUGCGUUUCCUCGUUGGAGCCUUCGAGGCCGGAUUUGUCCCUGCCGUGGCACUUUAUAUGACCUUCUUUUAUUAUCGAGCAGAGAUGGGCCUUCGAUAUGGUCUUUUCAUCUCCUUCUCCCCGCUCGCCAUCUGCUUUGCUUCAGCCCUCGCAUACGGUCUCGUCCAUGCCAAGACGUCCAUCCACAACUGGAAGCUUCUCUUCCUUGUUGAUGGGAGACUGAACUUCAAGCAAGCCUUUGCCGCCUUUGGUGACUACAAGAACUAUUUGCAGGCGAUGAUCAUCUUCUGUCUCAACACCGCCUUCGGCUCUCUCCCCGCCUAUCUGCCCACGAUCCUGCAAGCCAUGGGCUACACCUCGCUUCGCGCCCAGGGCUUCUCAGCCUGCCCCUACCUGACGGCCUACGUGGUCUGCAUCACAGCCAGCUUUAUCUCCGACCGCUUCAGGAGGCGCGGCAUCUUCAUCGUGCUCUUUUGCUGCGCGGGCGCCGCUGGCUACGUGAUUCUGGCGACCGUCCACACCACCGGCGUCCGCUACUUCGCAACCUUCCUGGUCUGCGCCGGCAUCUUCCCCGAUGUGGCCCUCACCUUCACGUGGGUGACAGACAACCAGGGCUCGGCCUCCAAGCGCGGUGCCGGGCUGGCUAUCUUCGGUAUGGUCGGCCAGUGUGGCCCGACCCAGGGCGCGCGCCUGUUCCCUAAGACGGAACAGCCUUGGUACUCCAGGGGCAUGUGGAUCUGUGCGGGGAUACUGUUUGCCGCUGCGGGUCUGGCGGCCAUACUGAGCUUGUGCUUGGAGUACCAUAACAAGAAGCGAGAUGAGAAAUUUGGCAAGAGUGAUUUGGACUAUGUCCCCCCUGAGGUUUCGGACAAGGGUGAUGAUCACCCCAUGUACCGUUACGUGCUUUGA